UUUAUUGUAUGUUAAAGAGGGUUCUAUAACUUCGUUGCUGUUCCAUAAACCCUAUGUAAACCCCUCUCAAAUUUUAGUUAGACUGGCUUGUGCACCAAAUUUUCAAGCCAAUGGAAAACCAGGGACAGCUCCCGGACACAGCAUUCUUCAACGAGAAAUCAGACAUAUGCCAACAGCUCUUCAGCCGCUAUGGCAAGUCAUCGGCGGCUCAACACCGUCACCUUUGCGCCACAGCCGCCGCCGCCAAAUCUAUCAUCCAAUCGGAGUCUCUUCCCCUUACCCCGUUUUCCUACUUUGCCGCCACCAUCUCCACUCUCGCUGACUCUCCCGAGCUGGAUUCCGACGCCAUAGCUGCACUCUCAUCAUUUCUCUCUAUUGUUCUUCCUCUGGUACCGGAAAAGGCGAUUCCCCCUCCCAAAGCCACCGAAGCCGUUGGAAUGCUGGUAGCGGUGCUGGAGAAGCUUCCCCGGGAUGACGCAGUUGUGGGGAGUUCGAGCGUGAGGGCAUUGGUCAAGUGCAUUGGGAUCUUGUUGGGGUUCUGUGAUUUGGAGGACUGGGACUCUGUUAGAUUGGGGUUGCAGGCACUUCUGAAGUUCUCUAUUGAUAGGCGUCCAAAGGUGAGGAAAUGCGCUCUUGAUUGUGCUUUAACAGUUAUGAAGUCACUUCAGUCUUCUUCUAUGAUUAAAAGGGCUAGUAAAAAGCUCUACUCAUUUAUGGAAGGCCACUUGUCAUUGGCAAUAAAAAUGUCUACUCCAGAGGCUGUUGGUGGAUUUAAAAAUGAUUCUAUUUCAAAACCUGAACAUCAAGAAUUGCAUCACACAUUUAACUUGAUGAAAACCAUUACCCCAUAUCUUUCUGUGGAAGUGUGUAAAAAAAUAUUGCCACAUCUGUUGAACCUAAUGAGGUCCCAUAACUCAGAUUUGACAAGACAUGUUUUUGAUAAUAUUGGCGUGAUUUUAGGCUCUCCAAAAGUGAAAUUGGUAGCUCAAGAUUCUGAAAACAUUUUAAAGUUGCUUGUUUCAUACAUGACUUGCUUGGAGAACCCUACCAACAAUAGACUGGUCGCUGCAACUUUGACAGAAAGAAUUAUGAAGAAGCUUCAUGAUGGUGAAGUGAAUGGAUGUUGUAGCCAUCUAGAUUUGGUAAUUCGGUCCUUAACCGGUCUUCUCACAUGUAAGGCUACAGGUCUGCCAGCAUCACUUAUCUUGCAAGAGUUGAUCAAAGUGCAUCUUGAUAAUGAGAAAUUAUCGUCUACUAAAAAACAGAUGGUUGAUGACAAAGCUAUUAACAGUCCUGAACUUGCAACCGUGAAAUCUAUUUGUGCUGUCUUUUAUGACAUUCUUAGGACUUCUGAUGGAAUCCCGAAUGAACAUAUUUUGCGAACCAUAUCCGUGUUGUUUCUUAAACUUGGUAAGAUAUCAUAUUUCUCUAUGAAAGAUAUACUACUACAACUUGCUGCUUGGAUGAAUGUUUCUUGUGUCAAUGAAUCUUCUGGCACUAAACAUCUUCAAGAGUGUAUUGGAUAUGCCACUAUUUCUAUGGGUCCAGAUAACUUACUUGCACUUCUGCCAAUCUCCUUAAACGUCAAGGAUUAUUCUUCCUCAAACACUUGGCUCAUCCCUAUUCUAAGUAAAUAUAUUCGUCGUUCAUCCCUGGGCUUUUUCAUGGAACACAUUGUUCCACUUGCAGAGUCUUUCCAACAAGCAUCCUUGAAAGUUAAAAAGUCUGUAAUUCGGCAAGAACUGCAGGCUUAUGCCCAUGACUGCUGGGGCUUGUUGGUGGCCUUUUGUCGUGGUCCUACUGAUAUUUGCCAGAAUUUCAACGCUUUGUCUAAAAUGUUGGUUCCAUUUCUCAGAAAAGAUUCCAUCAUGCUUGAAGCAAUUGCUACAUCAUUGAAGAAUCUGGUGAAUCAGAACAAGAAAAUAGCUACAAAGUGUGAUUUCCCUGGAUCAAUUGGAGUCCUUGAUGAUGGGGAGAUUGACAACUUUGCUAUUGAACUAAUAAAGAAGAGUGCAUAUUCUACAAAGAUUGCACAAAAGAAUAUUGAGGCUAUUUCUGCUUGCUCCGAGGGUUUGCUUCAGGCUUUAACAGAUUUCUUAAUAGAGUCAUAUCCCGAGACACAUGAAUAUCUGAAGGAGGCAAUUGAAUGCUUGUCAUCGGUAUCUGAUUCAGAAACUACUAAAAGAGUAGGCACAUCUAUACUGGAGAAGUUUGGGCUUGCAGCUGGCUAUAAUGCAUGUGAAGUGCGUUUAGAUGGUUCUGAUUGUAUCAAUCGUGACCAGGGGAAAGUUAAUGCAAUCCCUUUUCCAGAAUUUUCGAAGAGGCUGAUGAUACUAGAGCUGGCAUUAUGUAUCAUUGGAGGAUCUAAUGAGGAUCUCAUUCUAACCAUUUUUAGCAUUAUUAAGCGAUGUUUGGAGGAAAAUGAUGGGAUAUUCCAGGCUGAAGCAUAUAACACCCUUAGUAGAAUGUUAGAGAGGCAUCAUUGGUUCCGUUCUUCAUAUUUUGCUCAAUCACUGGAGUUAUUGAGCACCUUUAAGUCUCCAGCUGACAUCAAAUCACUAACUAGUCGAUUUGCCUGCUAUAAAACCGUGCUUAUUCAUGCUGUCAAGGAAAAUUUGGAUGAGCAGAACACACAAGCUUUUGUUAUUCUCAAUGAGAUUAUACUUGCACUGAAAGAAUCCAACGAAGAAAGUAGAAAAGCUGCCUAUGAUGUACUUACAAAGAUAUGUUCUUACAUGCGAAAGUCUUCUUCUGGCAUGCCUCAGGAAUCUUAUAAAAAUUUCAUCACUAUGGUUAUGGGUUACCUUUCUGGUCCCUCUCCUCAGAUAAAAAGUGGUGCAAUUUCUGCAUUGUCUGUCCUGAUUUACAAUGACUCAGAUAUCUGGAAAUUAGUGCCUGAUCUAGUCCCUUCAGUUCUUGCUCUGCUGCAAAGUAAAGGUGUUGAAAUUAUAAAAGCUGUUUUAGGCUUUGUGAAGGUAUUAGUAUCAAGCCUUCAAUCAGAUGACCUGAAAAUGCUCCUUCCAGAUAUUGUUAAUGGAGUUCUACCUUGGUCAGUUACUUCCCGUCAUCAUUUCAGAUCAAAGGUCGGUGUUGUGAUGGAGAUUCUUGCGAGGAAAUGUGGUACUGGCACUAUCAAAUCAAUUGCAUCAGAAAAAUACAAAAACUUUCUCAAGACUGUCUUUGAUAACCGUCAUGGCAAGACAAGUGUUAAAGAAGCUGCAAACUCAUCAGCUUCCUUGAAGGGGGAAGGAAAGAGUGGGGGCCAUGGAGACUCUGAGAGUUCACAGAGUAGCAAGAAGAGGAAAUGGGAGAACAGACAAAAAGAUGUCACUGAUAACAUUCCCAAGGAAGAUGAAAAAGCUUUCAUGGGACCUAGAAAAAGGAAGAAGUCAGAGGCUGAUCUGUCUACAAGCAAAAGGAAGAAGUUUUCUGGUAGCAGCAUUACUUCUAGUAAAGUAGCAAAAAGAGGGGAAGGAAAACGGGUUCCUGCCAAACAUGAAACAAGAAACAGUAAGGAGAAGAAGAAUCCUAGCCAAGGUGGUGGGAGCAGAACUCAUUACAAGAAAGUGCAGAAGAAACGGCAGUAAAAUAUCAUGACAGGAAACACCAAACUUGGAAUUCAGCAGCUAAUUAAAGCUUCUGAGAGGCAAGAGGGGAGUACUUCAGAAAUGAAAUGUAAUACUAUUAGAGAGUUGUUCACAAUUUCACAUUCAUUUCUCAAUCGAUUUCAGACCCUGUAUUUAUUAUGUUUAGAUUAUUAUGGAAAACUAUCAAUUUACUGAGCUUAUAUUCUCAAAACUAUAAUAUUAAAACUAUCACUUAAGUGAGCUUACAUUAUUAGAAAUUGGAAAAUAUGUAUUGU